UAGCCCCACGCUGCCGGAACCCCGCUGCCCGCGCCAGCCCGGCCGGCCGCACCCGCCCUGUCGCAGAACUCCGCAGCCACCCCCCGGGAUCCUCGUCACGUGCGCCCAGGCCGCGGAGCAGGUCUGCUAGGCUUCCUUGUUCCGGUGGCUCCACGUCCUUUCCAAAGAUAAGGGGAAUAAAGAAGCCACCUCCCCAGCUGUCAUCAUCUGGCAGCAGGUUGAGCAAGACUGUUCUGAGCACUGCAGAGAAGACGACCCAUCAAACCUCCGAGGAUGAGCAUCCCUGUGAUGUGCUCACGAAAAGGAACAGGAUGAGUGAUUCUCAUCACAAAAGCAGCAGUAAGAAUGCCGGCUCAUCUUGGAAUCAAGCCCUACAUUCAAGGACUUCUUCAGGAAGAAGGCAGAGUAGGAGCAGCCCCCAAGGACCCCACGCCUCUUCCCACCUGGGAGGGAGCAGCCUCGUUGGCCUCUCGCAGCCUGCAGCGGAGGGAAGGCGGGAGCAGGCUGCGCUUAGCUCCAGGUGUCAGGCUGCCUCUGGACGCAAGCUGUUCCUUGACUUUCAGUCCAUGAAGAUCAUUAAGGAAGGCGCUGAUGAGGACAGCGCAAGUGACCUGUCAGACUCAGAGCGAGUGGUCAUUCCUCCUUCUCCCUUCACGCCUCCUGACCUCAACCUUCGAGCGGAAGAGAUCGACCCUGUUUCCUUCAAUCUUCACCCAGACCCGAGCCAGGCAGAACCUGAACACUGCUACCCUGACUUUCUUCCACCCCCAUUCUGCUCCUGGGACCUCCAGGAUAUGGCUGUGGUUCUGAACACAGAAUGCCGGAGUGAGGCCCUGCCUCGGGCCACGGGCUUCCUUGGGAAGUACAUAGACAGACUUCUUCAGCUGGAGUGGCUGCAGCUCCAAACUGUGCAGUCCGAGAAGGCCCGAGCUGCCAAGGCAAGGUCCUCUGGGGCUUCUGGGAUGCUGAAAAGCCCUAGGCGGGGUAAGCUCCCCACUAGUGCACUGUCCAAGCCUUUCCUGUCCCCAGAAGGGAUUCCAAAGCCCGGCCCUUCUCGAAAGAAAGGUUUUCAGUAUGAAGAUGCCCACCCGUCCUACUACGCAUUUGAGACUUCAUCUAGAUCUGUGGAUGGGCCUGCUCACCCCAGGCUGUGUUCUCAGAAACAAGCCCCAGAACUGAGGAUGGAAAAAAAGAAGAAACCAGGUAAGGGCCCCAAGUUUCACCUCCGCGCUCCACCCUGUGUGGAGGGCAGCCCUGCAGUGGAAGCCAGCGGUAACAUUCGAAUUCCCAAGCAGUCCGCGGUGCUUCUGGACCCAAUGGGCUCCUGUAGGGCCUCCCGAGCACAAGCACACUUGGACCUGAAGAAAAAGGGAAGUGCAAAUAACUGUGGACCUGCCUCUUCUUCCAGUGAGAAGAAGCUCAAAACAAAUGGAGCAAAGCAAAGCACAUAUAAGUUCAAGUGACCCCUGAGGUAAAGAAUCGCAAAGACCCGCAGAUGUCUAAAAGUGGGGGUUCGUCCCAAAGUAAUGGUGAAUUUAAAUCCGUUUGUGAUAACUGAGUCAAGUCGCCAGCUGGCUCUCCAGUCACCGACCCCCAUCCCACCCUCACCUUUUGAUAUACAGUCUUAAGCACUUUAGGGACCUAUAGGUAAAAAUGAACUCGUGUGUCUAUGAUACAAAGGUUUGAAACAGCAGGACCAGUAAGCCAGUGUGGAACUGGCCCAGUGUCCCUGUCUCUGGAGUACGGAAAACAGUGUGUACUGUUCUAGGAGAGAAACCCUGUGUUUCACAGAAGAAAAGCCCUGCUGGCUCGCUGCCUCUUGGUUUUGCAUAAACCCUCAGCAGAGUUUCUGUUGUGAGUCUCUCAUCUGUUGCCCACCCUCCUCCGAGCCUAGUUCCACUCCAGUUAGGGGUCACAUGAGUUUCUAUUUUGAGUGUCAUUUAUCUCUCAGCCAGUUCCUUGCCAGAGGCAAAGGCAUCUAGAGUGCUUCUCUGGUGCGUUUUUAAAAGACAUUUUAAGUCCAGGGGUAGUGCUGUAGCCCAUGUCUGAGUUCUCUUACCUGAAGUUAAAAUCAUUUGUAAGUUUUCCAGAGGGAAAGUCAGCAGGCCCAGCGGUGGCUGCUGCUGUCUGGUGAGGCAAGAAAGAAUGCCCUGGCACCCUAGACCUCUGGGUAACCAUGUGCGGUGUGUGAGAAUGUACUCCAGUGUAAAUUGUCAGGUUACUGACUAGGGACCCAUAUCCUGCUGUUCUAGACCUCUGGGUAACCAUGUGCGGUGUGUGAGAAUGUACUCCAGUGUAAAUUGUCAGGUUACUGACUAGGGACCCAUAUCCUGCUGUUCUAGACCUGUGGGUAACCGUGCGCGGUGUGUGGGAAUGUGCUCCAGUGUAAAUUGUCAGGUUACUGACUAGGGACCCAUAUCCUGCUGUUCUAGACCUGUGGGUAACCGUGCGCGGUGUGUGAGAAUGUACUCCAGUGUAAAUUGUCAGGUUACUGGCCAGGGACCCAUAUCCUGCUGUUGUAGAUCAAAGCCAAUGGUCUAUUUCUGUGUCCAGGAGCAGGGUCUUCUAAUCGUGACUGGGGAGGGAGCAGACACAUUUGCUCUGUGUGUGCGUGCACUAUCCUGAGUGUUCUUAUCUGCUUGUGGCUUCCUGGCUCUCCCACAGCCAUCCUCCUCAGCCGCCUUUGAGUCUUGCUGCCUGGGGAGCUUUCCUUCCAAGUGUUUCUGCAAACCUUUCCUUAGCUGCUGCUUCUCAGGCAGUGAAACCAUUAUUGGACUUGUCUUGGGCACCCAUGAUUUUUUGGGGUUGUUUUGUUUGUUUUGCUUUGCUUUUUCGCCUUUGGGGAAAAGGACAAAGGUAGUUUGUUGCAGCUCGAGCUUCCACACAGCCACAGGUGCCUAAAGGCUGAGGAGUGAGACAAAGUUAUCCUUAAACCAGCUGCUGAGGUCAGACGUCAAACUCUCUUUGUAAGGCUGAUGUCAGCCAUGUUGAACAACACAGGAACUUUUUUUUCUUUAGCCUUUUUCUUUCAGGACUUUAUUUUCAGAUUCUUUUUGCACUGCUCUCCUGGAGAAAGCAUGUUCUUACAUGGAGUUCUCAUGCCUUUUGUUUGUUUGUUGUUGUUGUUUGGGGGAAGGUUGAGACAGGGUUUCUCUGUGUAACCCUGGCUAUCCUGGACUCGCUCCGUAGAGCAGGCUGGCCUCAGACUGAUAGAGAUCCACCUGCCUCUGCCUCCCACGUGCUGGGAUUAAAGGCGUGCACCACCAGCUGUCUCAUGCUUUUUUCUGUAGCCAAAAUCUGUAUACUUUGUUGGCAGUCCACGGAUGCACUGUCCACGUUUCCCCUUGGUUUGGGAGGACAGUGCCACCCCUUACCCUCUUCCCUCCCCUGAGUGAGUGAGUGAGGCCCUGUGGGUCCACUUCCCUACUCCCUGGAGCACAGAUGAUUUUUACCGUAAGUGGCUCCUUUCUCAUUCUUUCUCCAGAUUUUUAUGCGGAUCUUUAGGAAGCUGAAGGUCCCGUAAGAGAAAGCAUGACAUUAUGUGCACAUAUGUACUUAGAUGCUCCUUGGAGCAGUACUGCCAGGUUCCCUUUCCUGUCACCUACCGUGUGGGUGCUCCUAGAUACCCUGGCAUGUGAGAGUCAAGUUUCUUUUCCCCUGGGGAUGUGUGUCCGGACUGAAACUCACAAUGGAAAAAAUGUAGCGACGGCGCCUCGUGUGUUUGUUCCCAGCACACUAAUGGAACUUGACUCCUGGUCUGGGGACUAGAAGAGCCCGGAAGGGUGGUUUGCUUCUUUGCCUGAGCUGAGUGCCCCUGUUAAACAGUGUUAUGUUCUAGGACAGGUACUAUGAACAAUGCAGUUUUUUACAGUUACAUUGGCUGCAGCUGAUCAGACAGCUUUUUCUUUGGUCUCUAAAGACAUAUCCCACGCAGGCAAGUGGACAGCAUUGAACACUGGACUGUGAAAUCGUUCCGUUCAAGGCCAAACCAGAGUAUCCUGCUACAGGGGCAAAUCGGUGUGCUUCCGGAAGCGCCUCUCAUCUCGUAGAUGUUUACAUAGCUCCGAGGUCCAGUCAAACACAAGAAGAUCUUGAGGAAAACAGUGCCUGGGGCUUGAGUGACACCCAUUUGUGGAGAAAGAGCACAAAGCCCUGUAGGUCAUCACUGAUGGCGUGGCUUUGGACUGUUUCCCAGAUGACCAACGUAACUGACUUGAAGGUUAUAGAGUUCCUGGCUCCCAGACUGCGGGAGAGACGGUCGAUUCCAUUGGUUUUCACAGAAAAGGAAAGUUUGUUCGGACCCUUUGUCCUUUGGGCUCCUGUUCUAGAAAGACCUAAGAGCUUCUUACAUGGCUUACGCGUUUGUUUCUCAUUCAUAUACUUGAACAGUUAGGUAGAAGUCCGAACCCUGGUGGUAGUGCAUCCAAGGUAAUAGCAGUAUUUAUUGUUUAAUUGUGUGACCUGAAUAUAUUCAGCAUGUUCAUUGAAUGUCAUAAUGCUGUUUGUUUGGUUUUGUAUGUGGCAAAACAGAACUCAUGUAUAAGUUUUUGUGGGACUUUUCCUUCAGCCCAAUUAAACAGGACACAUACCUGAAUUUUUCUGGCCUGGUUUGAUUUCUGUUGUCUUUCCAGUUUGUCUGAUUCUU